AUGGAUACCCGAGUACCAAAAAGGCAGAAGAUGACAACGGCUUGUGCUUCCUGCCGAGGCCGGAAGAUCAAAUGUGAUGGUCAUCAACCAGUGUGCGGACCAUGUGAGAAAAGGUCCAAGUCAGUUUCUUGCACUUGGGCCACGGACUUUUCACGUGCUUCAUCAGCAUCUACAGAUUAUAUCAGACGUCUCGAAGAUCAAAUCAAAUUACUGGAAGCACGCAACAGACAAAGUUCUCAGAUCUCACCCAGCAGCAACCUAAGUUCAAAUAGUGCUUCCGAAGAAUUAUCAGUAGAGACAAUAAGUAGUCAUGGAGCUACUACUUCAGUUUCACCUGCAUCUGCGACGUGGCUUUCUACAAUUUCGUGGGAGGGAUACCCGUCAGUAUAUACGCCGGAGAUGAGCACCAAUCAAUGGCAGCCUAAUUCGGCUUCCACAUUCAGCCCAGGACUAGUUCCUUCAUUUCAAGAACUCUCAAAAAGCAUUGAUGCCGUGUGCACCUCUGGCAAUUAUCUCAGCCAUAACAACGUGGUUGGACAUAAUCACAGGACCAAUGUUAUCGACAAACCCUUUGUCCGAAAAUUCAUGCAGGAAGUGGAGAAGUUAGUCAUAGAGAAAAUCGGUGAUGCAUCAACACAUGCAUCAAAUAUUCAUGGCUUUGAUCUUAACAUUUCCUCAUCUCGAAUACCAACUCAUGAAUCACAGCAAAUGAAUCUGGACUACACUUUACCAACUAGGGAGCAAGCCGAUAGCCUAAUCACAUUGUAUUUUGAGAACUUCCAUGUUUUAUAUCCAUUCUUGGAUAAAUUGGAGUUCCGACAAGAGUAUGAGAAAAUUUGGAGCUGUGACAACUAUAAACUUGAUCAAGGAUCGUUGGUUUGUCUAAUAAACUCGGUAUUCGCUAUCAGCAGCCGUCAAACGAGGACAACAGUUUCAACCAUGAGGAUAUGGCUGCCAUCUUUUGCAGAAGAGCACAAGGAUUUCUCAACAUCCAAGAGUAUUCAGUCCGUUCAGUUCAGUCAUAUCUUCUCUUGGUCUUAUAUUUUCAAACCAUGGGCGAAUCUCGCACGUGCUGGUUAUAUGUUGGAAAUGCAAUACGCACCGCUCAGAUGCUUCAACUUCACUUACCCGAAACAAGCGAACGAAUAG